UUUUUGACACGGCACCUGCAACCUACGAUGACAUUCAGAAACACCUCCCUGGAUUUAUUUUCGCAGUUUUAUAUCUUUCAGAAUUUCUCCAUGUAUUUUAAUUUCUCUUUGGACGCCAUGUACGACAGAGGAGCGAAUUACGAGUCUGAAUCCCACAGACCGACCAUCAGAGCGCUGCUCGUCGUCGCAUAUUCCGUUAUUAUCAUCAUCUCGCUGUUCGGAAACGUGGUGGUUUGUCACGUUGUUAUUAAGAAUAAACGGAUGCACUCAGUGACAAGUUUAUUCAUCAUGAAUUUAGCCAUUGCUGACAUUCUUAUAACUCUCCUCAACACGCCUUUUACACUGGUUCGGUUUGUUUACAGUACAUGGAUGUUUGGGAAGGCGAUGUGCCAUGUGAGCCGCUUUGCACAGUAUUGUUCUGUUCAUGUCUCUGUUCUUACGCUGGUCGCUAUCGCCAUUGAUAGACACCAAGUGGUGAUGCAUCCAAUGAAACAGCGGAUGUCUCGGCUUCAGGGCAUAGCCUGGAUCGGUGUCAUCUGGGUCAUGGGGUCCUGCUUCUCUCUACCUCAUGCCAUCUAUCAGAAAUUGCUGCGCUUUGAAUUUGUCAAUAACAGAGUGCGGAUGGUAUGUCUGCCCAGCUUUCCUCAUCCCUCCGAUCUCUUCUGGAAGUAUCUGGAUCUUGCCACCUUUGUCCUGCUCUAUGUAUUGCCUUUAGCAAUUAUCUCCUUAUCGUACCUUGUGGUUGCCAAGAAGGUCUGGUUCCGGAAUGCUGUCGGUGAUGUCACCCUGGCUCAAUCGGCCGCUCAUCGCAGAAGGAAGAAGACAACUUUGAAAAUGCUAAUUGCAGUGGUGGCCGUGUUUGCAGUCUGCUGGUUUCCUCUAAACUGUUACAUUGUGCUGCUGUCAAGUAAAGUGAUUCAGGCUAACAAUGCCCUGUACUUCAUCUUCCACUGGCUGGCCAUGAGCUCUACCUGCUAUAACCCCUUUAUAUACUGCUGGCUAAAUCACAGCUUCCGUGCCGAACUCAGAGCCCUGCCUCUAAUUGGCCGUAUAGCCAAGGGCAAUGCCAUCCAGCAAUCCUAAGGAAGCACCCAAGAUUUUGCCGUUCUAUUCUUUCUUUUAAAAUUCUGUUGUUUUUAUAAACGCAUAUUCGCAUAAGAAAGCACUGUAGCAGAUCAUCUCUCUCACCUCCCAACCUAGUGGUUUCUCAUUUUUAUCCCAUCCACAGCUCUCCUUUAGUCCUCUCCAUCUUAGUGAAAAUUACACCUAAACCCAAGUCCUUUGAAAAAAAAAAUGUGUUGCCAUGGAAGAGAUGACAUAAAUAAGCACGGUAUGAGAUGUUAAAUAGAAACUUUAUUCUAUUUUUCAAGAACAAAAUCAAAAACACUCCAUAGUGGAACACACUACAUGUGUCAUGUUUCUGUGCUAUACACGCGCACGAUAAUACGUUUCUGUGCUAUACACGCGUCUUUUAAUAAUAAAUCCACAGGAAAAUAAACACAAGGAAUCCAGAAGCAGGGAGUAGCACAAAACACAACUGAACAAAACAAUAACCGGCAAAGGAUUGAACAGAACAGGGAGUAUAAAUACAAACGCAAGAGAGGGACUAAUGACUUAAUUAAAUGAACACAGGUGAAUAGAAUGACAUAAUUAAGACAACUAGGGAAACUAUAGGUCA